AUGCAUUCGACACGCGAGAGCCAGGAUGGGGAGCUCCCCACGAGCGUGUCAGUCGAUGGGCUCGGCACCUUCUACAUCUGCUUCUCCGUCUUCUGGACGCUGGUCCUCAUCGGAGGCAUGCUCUUCCUCCACCUCAACCGGCGCAUGCCGAUGCUGCGUAUCCGUGGCCUGUCUCUUUCCUUUGGUGCCGUUAUCCUCCUCCACAUGUACUGGAUUGCCGUCCAGCUGGGAUACAUCUAUGGACCCUUGAUGGCACCGGGCGUCGAAUUCUGGAUCAUGGGUAUCUGGCUCCCCUUCGGCAUCGCCCUCUUCCACGCCUCCAACUCCCGCUUCCUCUACGUCGCCGAGAUGCAAAAGCGCUUCAUCGGGGACGACAUGAUCUCCGACCGCCGACCCAGCAGCAAGAACAAGUCUCUCAUCCAGAAGUGGCGCUCGCUCGACUACACCACCAAGAUGCUAGCGCUCGUAUGUGGUGGCAUGGGUUUCCAGCUGUUCCUCACUCUCUUCAUGUUCGUCGUUUCACGCAAGUUCCACGAAUCAUUCGGCAUCCCUGGCACCGAAGUUCACGGUACCCCAGUCGAGAAGAAGGCCGCCGCAAGCAUUGGAUGGGAAUGGUGGCCCUCGGUCUUUUGGCAAUGCUUCUGGGCUUGGAUCGUUGCCCCCAUCAUCCUCUGGCGUGCUCGUGGUCUUCAUGAUACACUCGGAUGGAGGGUCCAGACUAUUGGCUGCUGUCUUGCUGGUCUCCACGCCACACCCAUGUGGCUGAUCGGCUUAUACGUUCCUGGCAUGGCAGCCGUCAACAAGUACUGGAUCCCUCCUCAGUGGAUCGCUGUAUCGAUCAUGUUGCUGGAGAUCUUUACCAUUUUCCUGCCCUGCUGGGAGGUGAUCAAGCACCAGAGCCUGCGUCAGGAGACCCUCGAGUCCAUUGCUCGCUGGGAGGCCCGUAAUAAGGGCAACCCCGACGGUUCGAUCUCGACGGACCGCAGCUCGUCCUAUGUGUCGUGGAAGAAGCCUCGCAGGAAGCAAGGCACUUCCAUUUCCAGCUCGUCCAAUAACUCGGUGCUCACAAUGGACGCGCUGGAGCACACCCUCAUCCAAAACCCAGGCCCUCUGCAGAUGUUCUCUGCGCUCAAGGACUUUUCCGGCGAGAACAUUGCUUUCCUGCGCCGUAUUGCCGAGUGGAGGCUCAAGUUUUACGCCGUCAAGGGCAUUGAUCGCAAGAUGUCGGUCAUGUCAGAGAAGAAUGUGCCUACCAGCCCGACCCAGCAAGUCGACAUCCGUGCCUCCUUUGAGGAGGCGCUGCGCAUUUACAUUGACUUUGUCAGCUCUCGGGGGGCCGAGUUUCAGGUCAAUCUGUCUUCCACAGACUGCAAGAAGCUGGCUGGCAUCUUCGAGCAUGCCGCGCGGAUUGUGUACGGCGAUGUGCAGACACCGGACCCCGCGACGCCCUUUGAGACGCCAGGUUGGAGGGCUGAUGACAACCCUGUCGCCAGUGUCCGCUAUUGGGGCGAGAUUCCUGAGGAGUUCAACGGGGACGUCUUUGAUGAUGCCGAGAUGAGCAUCAAGUACCUUGUGCUGACCAACACAUGGCCCAAGUACGUCAAGGCCAGGCGGUCGAUGGACUCGGUCGAGAGUCUUGAGGCCAAUUCGACUUCAGUAUAA